CGCCAGUCAGAAUCAGUUCAACGCGUGAAGCUUUCCCAGUCGGUUCAAAUUAAGAAGAGAAUUUUGUCGUUAUGUGACCUCUGCGAGUGAAUAAUUCAAGAACAGAGAAAAUUUGUAAUUUUACAGAUAAAACUUUUCUGUUGAAGUAAGUCCUUAUCGUAUGUGAAACGGUUACGGGAAGCACGACGGAAUUCCAGUUUAAACUUUCACAAAAACCGGAAAUUUUGUACCAACUCAAAAUAUUUGUGGAAUUGUGCGGAUUCUCGGUUUUUCCUCUCGGCAUCCUUGCGGAAUUGAAUUUAGUUUUUUUUCGCGUACAUUCCUUUCGUUUUUACCGGAAAUAGAAGGAAUAUAGCGAAUGAAUGCUAAAUCUGUUGGCCAUAGUGUGACUAGUUGUAACUAUGAAGGAUUCGCAUUUUUUUAAAGACCUCUAAAUCACAAGUAGAUGAGAUACUUCGGUUCUUAAAAAUAACUGCGAGAAAUUGUGCCUGCGAAUAAAAUUUCAUUAGAAAAACACUGACACUGUGAAACUAAAUGAAAUUAAAAUCCAAAAAGAGAUAAUUAUAAUAUAUGCGCGUGAUAUUAUUGAAUAAAUAUAGUAUUAUUAAUUUAAUCCACUGUGUGCACGUUUAUAAGAAAAUUUCAACAUGGCGGCCACUAAAAUUAUCGAUGCACCAGGUCCUCGUAAUGGACAUGAAAUGGCACCAUUGAACACACGAGCACGUGGAGACGGAACACAUGGUGUAACAAUUGUUUUAACCGCACCAUCGCGAAACUCAGUCGGUUCGGGAGAUGGCGCCGCAGGUGAUCCAGAUCGUGCAGCAUGGUCUGGCAAAAUGCAAUUCUUCCUCAGCAUAAUUGGAUAUUCAGUGGGAUUGGGCAACAUAUGGCGUUUUCCAUAUCUGUGUCAACAAAAUGGAGGAGGUGCCUUCCUCAUACCAUUCAUGAUAAUGUUAGUACUUGAGGGAAUACCGCUAUUCCUUAUUGAACUUGGUAUUGGACAACGUAUGCGCUUGGGAGCAUUAGGCGUAUGGAAUACUAUUCAUCCUUGGCUGGGUGGAAUUGGAAUAUCGUCAUGCAUUGUAACACUAUUCGUUGCGCUUUAUUACAAUGUUAUCAUUACGUGGUGUUUCUUCUACUUGUUCAACAGUUUUCGGUUUCCCUUACCAUGGUCAUCAUGUCCAAUGAUAAAUGGCAGCGAAGUGCCCGAAUGCGCGCGAUCGUCAGAGACAGCUUAUUUUUGGUAUCGAACAACUCUUGAUGCAGCUCCUUCUAUGGAAGAGCCUGGUGGCCUAAAAUGGUGGAUUGUCUUAUGCCUGCUCCUAUCAUGGACAGUUGUAUUUUUCAUUGUAAUGAAAGGCAUUCAAAGUUCAGGGAAUGUGGUUUAUUUCACAUCACUUUUCCCCUAUAUUGUGUUAACUAUAUUUUUCGUGAGGGGAAUAACAUUAAAAGGAGCAGGAGCAGGACUCAUGCACAUGUAUACACCGAAAGUCGAGAAAUUAGCUAAUCCAACAGUAUGGUUGGAUGCUGCAACUCAGGUAUUCUAUUCAUUCGGUCUCGCAUUUGGAUCGUUAAUAGCCUUCGGAAGUUAUAAUCCACCAAAGAAUAAUUGCGUUCGAGAUGUCGUCCUAGUGUCAGUCUGCAAUGCAAUCACUGCAAUAUAUGCCAGCGUUGUAAUAUUUGCUAUUUUGGGAUUCAAAGCUACAGUGAAUGUCGAACGAUGUAUUGAAGUUAAUAAAGGAAUUCUGUUCAAUCACAAAUUAAUUCCGUCCAAAAAUGUAUCAACGGAGGUAUAUGAAAACGCUAUGGCUAGUUUAAGCCCAAACUUCACAACAACUUGGGAAAUGGAAAACUGCAGUCUUUCUACCCAGCUCGAUAAUGCCGCUGAAGGAACUGGUUUAGCUUUUAUUGUUUUUACCCAAGCAAUUGUCGAAUUACCUGGCGCACCAUUCUGGGCGAUACUUUUCUUCACUAUGCUACUAUCACUGGGUCUAGGAUCACAAAUCGGAAUUUUGGAAGGCAUGCUAUGUACUCUGUUCGAUAUCGACAUUGUCAAACGUGUGAAAAAACAACACGUUACUGCGGUGGUUUGUAUAUUUUGCUUCUUAGUUGGAUUUAUAUUUUGUACGGGCGCUGGUGAAUAUUGGCUAAAAAUGUUCGAUUCAUUUGCUGGCACGUUAGGCUUAGUGGUGGUGGCAUUAAUGGAGGCUAUUGCAGUGAUAUAUGUUUACGGACAUGAGAAGUUCACCGAAGACAUUUAUCAAAUGACCGGAUACCGACCUGGCCUUUAUUGGCAAUUGUGCUGGAGGUACAUUGGACCUGCCAUCAUGUUGUGUAUUUUGAUUGCAUCAGUCGUAUUCAUGAUCAUCAAAAAUCCAACCUAUAGUGCGUGGAGUGCAGAAUUGGGUGCUGUUGUGCAAACAAAUUAUCCCAAUUGGGUUAUGGCAAUAGCAUUGAUCAUGAUUUUGGCAGGAAUCUUACCAAUUCCUGUUGUGUUCCUGCUGAGAAGCUUCCAAUGUCUGAAAUAUGACUUGGAUAUUCAUCAAGGAUCAAUUCGUCGUAAUGAGACCACAGCUUCCACGAAGGAAAUGAUCGACGAGGACGAUGUUGUGAGUCCUGAUCUUCCACCACAUGACUCUUUGACUGCAACACGAUUUACGAUCGGCGACUUCGACGAGGAUGACGAUGAUUUCAGUGGUCCAGCCUUGGGUGGUCCCAUACGAAACUAUUCUGAUGACGACGAUGAACCGCCUACGAUACGAACCAGAAAUUCUCAGCCCGUGGGAAAUUACUUGAGUGUACCAAGCAAUUUCAAAAUGGAAGUCGUUGACUACUAGUACUUCUGCAUAGAAUCAAAAUUAUAUUACACUGUAUUUAAUUUAUCUUCAUAUCUACGUUUGACAAAAUUUCAAUCUGUCAAACAAAUUGGAUUAUAAUGAAAAUUUAAAGUUGGUUCAAGCAAAUGGACAUACACAAAUCUUUUUUCAGUAUUAUUCCCAAAAAUAUCCUUAAAGUGAAUAUUAUUUCUCAAACAAUUUCAUUUUAAAUUGAGUAAAGAGAGAAAAAAACCAAAAACAUAUUCUAUCCCUACGAAAAUUCUUUUAAACAUAAGAGCAAAAAUAUUCACGUAGUGCCAGGAAAUGAGUACCGAAAAUUUAACAUUUUUUAUAUGUGUAUAUGUGUACAUAUAUUUACCUGUAUGACAUCCUGUAUAAAAGAAUAUCAGAUAAGUGUGAUAUGAAAGAACCGGAUACUACUUGUAGGGUAAAUUGCUAGUGACUAGACUGUAGGAUAUUACAUUUGUAUGUUUAUGAUGUUAGUUCGAGAUAUUUUGUGUAUUUUCGGGAUUCAGGCUAAUAAGAACUGUCAAAAUUUCCAAAUUUCAAUUUGCCAUUUUGUUGAUAACAACGUGUCAUUUUUUUCAAUUUUUUAUUUGAUUUCAAUUUUUAUUUUUCAAUCCGUUGAAUAUAAAUAGAAACAGCGAAAUUAUCUGAAUAAAAUAAUUGUUUGAAGAAAGAUUCAAGUAACAAAGCCAAUUUUCGCUUGUAACAUCCGUACCAGGAUAGUAACCAUAAAUCCUGGAGCGGCUCCUGGUAGUUAUGUUAACACGCCAAAGAUGAUCGAAAAAACGAGAUUUUCAAUAUCUGGUCCCUUUCAAUUUCUUAACCAUUGCCUCAAUGGCUGUUUAAUAUACAUUAUUAAAGCACGAAUAGAAGGUCACUUGUUUUUGGUGUCAAAUAAUUUUAUCAGAAGUAGGUGGUGUGAACCUAAAAUCAUAUACCAUGUAACAUUCGUUAGGAUCGAUUUUACAAGACUACUGGGCAUGCGUUUUUCAUGUUAUGAAUAACAGAAAAGAAAUUUCUUAGAUAGCUAGUUAGCUACAGAGGGACAUCAGCUUCUCUUUAGUCAACGAAUGCCAUUGGGAACCCCAUAAGAAGUAUACAAUGAAAAUACUCCUCGACGAUUCCUUCAAGAUUAUACUCAUUUCAUUCUUAUUUGUAAAGGUUAACUUUUAGUUCCAUGAGUGUACCCCGAACAAAACAAUCAUACUCAGAAACACAAUAUUUUGGUGCUCUGCGAAUCAUCGUUUCUUCGUCAAAUAGAUUUAGUUUUUAAGAUAGCGUAGAGUUGAAGCAAAAGAAAAACAUGAAUCGGCAGGUUCUUUACGAUUCAAAAAAAAUGUUUAAAUAAGACUAUAUUAUAUACUAUUCAUGAUUGGAGUUCAAUUGAGAAAAAUUCAAAUUAGUAUCUGUAAAAAAGAUAAAAAGUAUCAACCGGAAAAAUAAAAAACCACGCUGUUAAAUAGGAAUGUUAUAUAACUUAAUUAGAAAUAUGUACAUAAUCAAUAUAUAUAUUUUUAAUGUACAAAUUACCAUAAGGUAAAAGGUUUAAAAUAUGUUCGCCAAAUUUGCCACAUUCAGCUACACAUAGAAGCUACUCCAUUGAGAAGUAUUGGAAGUCGUAGUUCAAGGAAAAGAUCGAAUAUAUUGAUUUUAAGUUCGAAGCAUUGGUUAUUUAUGCUAUCUCUCUACCCUAUUUUGGUAUAGAAAGCCAUGAAACUAUAUUUAUCGCUGCUUUGCCUACUUUUUUUUUUAAUUUAGUCGUAAUUCUUAUAAAUUCUAUUCAUAAUUAACAUUCAACUGUAAUUUUAAUGAGAAUUUAAACUUAAUAAAACCAGACAAAGAGAAUUAAUUCAAAAAAGUAUAAAAAAUAAACCUAGAAAAUGAAAGUAAAGAUAAUUCAAAAAUAAUGUGAUGUUAUAUUUUAAAUAUAGAGAAGAUUGAAACCAUUAAACAUUUUAGUGAACCUAGAUUAAGAGAUUUUUCUGAAGAUUUCACCCAAAGAACAGUAAAAAAAAAAUAUUGAUAAGAAUUCAAAAAUAAGCAAUUAAGCAUUAUCCUUUUACAAUUAUUGCUGCCAAAGCGAUAUUAUGUUUUUAUAAGUUGCUACUUUUGUAUUCAGUAACUAGAAAGUUAAAUAAACACUAAAAUGAAUAUUAUCAUA